GGAGCUGGCGCGGAAACUUUGGGCCUUUGAUGUAUCGGGCCUGACUAUGCCGAACAGCCCACGAGGGUGGCGCCGGCGCGCCGCACCUUGGCGGGCACGCUGUUCGGCCGUGGCGCGGAACGACACCCCCUGAGUUACCGGUUUUGCCCUCUACGCGCGCAUGAUUUCUCGUUCCGAUCCCAUUUCUGCCACCACGAGACAAGCGCAAGCUCUCCUCUCCCAAAACCACCCACUCCGACUCGCCGAGCACCAAAACCCCACUUGGGCCUCUCUCUCGCGGCGUAGCGCCGCCUCCGCCUCCUCCUCCUCCUCCUCCUCUCUCGGCACGAUCGAGAAUGUUCUACUCGCACCAGCUCCUGGCGCGGAAGGCGCCGCUCGGCCAGAUAUGGAUGGCGGCGACGCUCCACUCGAAGAUCAACCGCAAGCGGCUCGACAAACUCGACAUCAUCAAAGUCUGUGAGGAGAUUUUGAACCCGUCGGUGCCCAUGGCUCUGAGGCUCUCUGGGAUCCUCAUGGGUGGCGUAGUGAUCGUGUACGAGAGGAAGGUGAAGCUUCUCUUUGAUGAUGUGUCUCGGCUUCUGAUUGAGAUCAACGAGGCAUGGCGGAUCAAACCGGCCACGGACCCCACCGUCCUCCCCAAGGGUAAAGCCCAAGCUAAGUACGAAGCAGUAACACUUCCAGAGAAACUUAUGAAUGUGGAGGUGAAACAGCCCAUGACUUUCUCAGAAGCUGAUGGUGCCAGGUUCCGGGGAAUGCGAUUGGAUGAUUUGGACGAACAAUAUGUUAAUGUCAACCUAGAUGAUGAUGAUGACUUCUCUCGUGCGGAGCAUCCUCACCAAGCUGAGGCUGUGAAUAUCACCCUUGUCGAUAAUUUCGAGUCUGAGCUUGCAGAAACUGAUGUGUUCAAUCGUUUUGAGAGAUUUGACAUAGCAGAUGAUGAGACCACAGUCAAUAUCAGUCCUGAUGGACACCCAGAGGUUCCAAGUAUGCUUGUUCCCUCACCUCCUAGGCAGGAAGACCCUCCUCAGCAAGAAGAGCCGUAUUAUGCCGCCCCAUCCCCUGUUCAAGAAGAACUUCACCAAGAGGGGCAAGAGGAACAGAAGAUGAAGCAACAGCAGCCACCUAAACCAUCAAAGCGGAAAGCACAUAGGAAACUCCCCCAGGUGAUUAUGGAUGAUAAUCAGAUAAUGAUCCCGGGAAAUAUGUACCAAACAUGGCUGAAGGACACAUCUAACCUUGUCUCAAAAAGGCGUAAAGUUAACACCAAUUUUGGUUUUAUUCAAUCAACCAAGAUAAGUGAGCUCAUGGACAUGCCCCCGGUUGCUCUAAUAUCUUUCUCGGCCAAAUCACCCUCAGAAUUAUAUUAUCCAAAGCCACUUAUGCAGCUGUGGAAGGAAUGCACUAAAGUCAACUCUGCAAAAGCUUCAUCUUCAGACCAGCCAUCAUCAUCACAAGAACAAAAUCUGAGAAACUCGCCACCUUGUGAAUUUCCACCUCAGCCUGAAGGAGAAUAUGAGAUGGAAACAGGAGCUCACCCAAUGGACUUCACAGAUAGCCUUGAAAAACUCAGAGGAAACAAGAGUGCAGAGUAUGACAGAGCUUAUGAUACUUUGCUCAGUGACCAUAGUGUUACUCCUGGAAGUCCUGGGUUAUCUCGGAGGUCUGCUUCGAGCUCUGGUGGUUCUGGACACGGGUUUAUACCAUUGGAUCCAGAAGUGCAAUUACCAUCAGGAAGUGGAAGGUCCAAGAGGCAACAUUCAUCUGGAAGAAGCUUGGGGAAUCUUGAUCCAGUUGAUGAAGACUUUCCACUGGAGCAAGAAGUGAGGGACUUCAAGAUGAGAAGGCUUUCAGAUGUUGGGCCAACUCCUGACCUUCUGGAAGAAACUGAACCGACUCAAACCCCAUACGAGAAGCGCUCUGAUCCUAUCAACAAGGUCACAAAAUCAAUCCAGUCGCACCUCAAACUACACUUUGAUAGCCCAGGUGCCCUGCAAUCUGAAUCACUAAGUCUGCUAGCUUCUGGGAUGACUACAGCCAGGGCAGCUCGAUUGUUCUAUGAAAUGACCGUUUUGGCAACUUUUGAUUACGUCAAGGUUACGCAGCUGGAACCAUACGGGGACAUCUCGAUCUCCAGGGGAGCAAAGAUGUGAAUGUGACUUGGUGCUGAAAGUCUGGAACAGUUUUGCUCCUAGGUUCUUGUAGUGCACACAUCCGUGUUGAUAUUAUAAUUUAUACAGCGCUUUACAUUUUGCACAGGAGGUCUGUUAGGUCACAUUAUUGUUUCUGCUGAAGAGAGUGAUAGGAAGUAAUUUAUAAGGCAGUAGAUUUGUGUUUUAAGUCAAAGGAGUGUUGAUAUUAGACGUUUGAUAGGAAAGCAAGUUAUAUAUAUUAUAUAUAGAAAGGGAUGCGCAUGCACAUUAGAUUUCGUUGGGUCUAUAUUAUACUAUGUAUAUGGUUCAGGAUAGUGUACCUGAUCUUACCACUUUACCUCUGCGAAAUAUGAUUAUGCAUGUACCG